GUUUGGGAUUUAAUAAGCUGUCAGCCAAUAAUUGGGUCGUCGUCAAAAUUUCUAUUAGUAUCGUUUUUUCUAUACAUAUUUUGGCCGAAAAAUCAAAUGAAGCGGUUAAGCUAAGGUCCAAGCUGCUCCAAUCCCGCACAGAACAGCCCGAAGCAGAGGGCCUGGCCUCAAAAACAAUAGAAAUCAUUAAAUCGCAACCGCACUGGGCAGGAUGUCGAACCUAUCCGUGGGCCAGAUGAUAAUGGACGCGCAGCGCAUGGCCAGCCGGGUCAAGGACCUGGACGCUCUAGGUACGGCACUCCUGGAGGAGGCGGAGACGAACAAUCGGCUGGUGGAGAGCCUGCGACAAUACCAGGACGACAUAGAAUCACUUAACCGCAUCUCGAACAACAAGACCAACGCGGACAUGGUCAAUCGUAUCCAGCAGCAGAACAUCAACAGCUCGGAGAUCCUCAAGGAGAACCGCGAGCUAAAGAUCUGCAUUGAGGACUACGAGCGCGUCAUGGAGCUGAUGAUGCAGAAGUAUCGCGAGCAUACUGUUUCCAAGGUCUUGGACAGCAAGUUCAGCUUCAAAGAGCUGUACAACGAGCGCAUGUGGCAAGUGAUCCGGGAGCAGCGCGAAAAGAUAAACGAAAUGGCCGCCGUAAUGCAGCGGGCGGCCAGUGUGGACGACGGCGUAGUGCAGCGGGAACUGCAGACCAUUUCCCAGCUGCGCCUGGAAAACGAAACGCUGCGGGAGCUGCUCCAGAUUUCCAAGCAAUACGGCUCCGCUCAGCGACCAAUCCGCGAAAGCGACCACCUGCUAGAGGAAAAGGCCGUGCAGACGGACAGCCUGGCGGACGACUCCGCCGACGAUCUGUCCAUAUCGGGCGCCUCGGUGGAGAACAUAAACAACAACUCGGUUAUCCAAAUGUACAACAGCCCGGAACAGCCGGCAAAGGCCACCGCCGCCACGAACACAUUCAACACUGCCCCAGUUCAAAGUCAAAGUGAAUCACCAGCACCCUUUGUGGCGCUGGAAACUGCUGCGACGGCUGAGCAGCCGGUAGCCAACGAGAACAACAACGGACCUGCAGUCAACUCAACCAGUGCGCUGCCGCCAGCGACGACGCCAAACGAAUCUGACGAGCAUCAGGCGCCUGCAGCGCCCGCAACAUGAUAGGCGCAGGUGCUCCACGUUGUUGUUUCAUUUGGACUUCUUUUCGAUCGCAGCGCUGUUUUAUAUUCUUUACUCACCCAGUCACAAAACAGCCCGCAAAUGAAGAGGGCACACAUAACCUGCAUUAGGUCUUAGCGAUUGAUAAUCUCUAAGUAAUUUAUACAUACGCAUUACAGCAUAAUGUCCAUACGCAUUGUAAACAAUGAAAUUCAUAAUUCAAAGGAAAGAAACCCACUCACACACACACCAAUGUAAUGUACAAUGUACUCUGUCGAUUUUAUGAUUUCUAAAUAAAUUCAAUAACAAAUCGAGGAUUAACCAAA